AUGUUUUCUACCAUAACAACCUUUUCAACUUCUUCUGAUAUGUCAACAACUCGGCUUCAGUUGCGCAAAAAGGACCUUAAUUCAGCCAGAGAUCGUUUACUUGCUUUUCAACAAGAGGCAGGGGAGUUUGCUAAGCCAAUUAUUCUCGCUAAAAAUGUGUCUCUUGAAACUUACACUAAAUAUUGUGAAGCUGAAUGA